CGAGAAGAGUGACGGGGUGGGGCUGUUUCCCGCUCGGAAACUAAGAAAUAAAUGCCUCAUCCCUACUCCAGAAACGAGAGAAAGAGGGAGGCAGAGGCACCGAAGACUCCAGUAUGCAACUGACUACAAGGAGACAGAAGGCUGAGGCCUGGGUGCUAGAGAACCUUGCGGUGCUGGAACUCACGUUGACGCCCCCACGGAGCUCGGCUGCAGAGCCCUGGAGUCCCGCACUUCCGCCCGCCAGGUGGCGCUGGUUCUGUUGCCGACUCGGAGAGACUGAGCCUGGCCACGCAAGAUGGCGCCGUCCGCGUUGCUGCGUCCCCUCUGUCGGCUGCUGGCCCCUGCCAGGCUCCCGAGCGGCUCUUCAGCGCGGUCAAAGUUCUACGUGCGAGAGCCGCUGAAUGCCAAACCUAACUGGCUGAAAGUUGGGUUGACCUUGGGCACCACCGUCUUCUUGUGGGUCUAUCUCAUCAAACAACACAAUGAAGAUAUUUUAGAGUACAAAAGAAGAAAUGGGCUGGAAUAAACUUUUGAAAUACUAACACAGUAUGCUCCGUAUAGUGAUUUUAGCUGUUCCUCUGGAUUCACCAUCUGUUGAGUUGUAAAUGUGAGAGAAAAAGUUAUAUGUGAAUAUAUACCAAGUCAGCAUUUGUAUUUUGCAUCAUUAAAUAAAAAGAAAUAAAAAUACUUCUGUAUUC